CCCAACUCUUAAAACAUCACUCCCCCACAUGAAGCCACAAAGACAGCUACCCUUGUUAUUUAUUUUCUUUUUCAUCACCACCACCGCGGCCGCCGCUGCGCCACCGCAACAGUUCAGAGAAGCGCCUGAAUUCUACAACUCAGCUGAAUGUCCUUCAAUUGAAAAUACCCAUGAAUUAAUUUGCUCCGAUGAAGCUGUUCAUGCAGCAAUGACACUCGAUUCCGCUUAUAUCCGUGGAUCAAUGGCGGCUAUUCUCUCAAUUCUUCAACAUUCUUCUUGCCCACAAAACAUAAUUUUUCACUUCGUUGCUUCCGCAUCCGCAGACGCGUCACAUCUACGCGCCACCAUUUUAGCUUCAUUUCCUUAUUUGAAAUUCGAAGUUUAUCGAUUCGACGAUUCCUCUGUUUCCGGUUUAAUUUCAACUUCUAUUCGUUCAGCUCUCGAUUGCCCUUUGAACUAUGCGAGAAGUUAUUUAGCUAAUAUUUUACCUUUAUGUGUUCGGAAAGUUGUGUAUUUGGAUUCCGAUUUGGUUUUAGUUGACGAUAUUGCGAAGCUAUCAGAAACUCCACUCGGGGAAGAUCAUAUACUUGCUGCUCCUGAAUACUGUAAUGCGAAUUUCACUUCGUAUUUUACUCCGACUUUCUGGUCCAACCCAUCUCUAUCUCUUACAUUUGCGGAUCGGAAAGCUUGUUAUUUUAAUACAGGGGUAAUGGUAAUCGAUCUCGAUCGAUGGAGAAAUGGUGAUUAUACAAGGAAGAUUGAAGAAUGGAUGGAAUUACAAAAACGUAUGAGAAUUUACGAAUUGGGUUCGUUACCGCCGUUUUUACUUGUGUUCGCCGGAAAUAUAGCUCCGGUAGAUCAUAAAUGGAAUCAACAUGGACUUGGUGGAGACAAUUUUCGAGGACUCUGUAGAGAUUUACAUCCGGGUCCGGUAAGUUUACUGCAUUGGAGUGGAAAAGGAAAACCUUGGGCUCGGCUUGAUGCUAAUCGGCCAUGUCCGUUAGAUGCUCUUUGGGCUCCUUAUGAUCUGUUAAAACCUCCAUUUUCGUUCGAUUCUUGAAGAUGGAGAUUCGAAAAAAUUUUAAGUUCUGAAUGAACAAUUCAACAAACAAUGGUGGAAAAAAUGAAAUUAAAUCGAGAUCACUGUAAAGAAUUCGGUGAAGAAGAUGACGAUGAAGAAGAAAUUGGAUUUUGAAAGAAAAAAAAACAGAGGAUGAAAGUUUUUAAGAUCCAAUAAUUCAAAAUUAAUGUAGAGGAUUAAAAAAAUAAUUCAUUUUUCUCUUUUUUAAAAAAUAAAAUUUACAAUAUAUUUCUGUUUUUUUUUUUCUGAAUGAUAGUAUGUAUUUUUGAGUUGUAUAUUGUACAGGAGGAGUUAAAUUUUUUUGGCUUCUUAGAUGAUAUUUUUUUUUCUCAAUUUUAAUUAACAAAUAUUAGUUUUGUUUAUUCUUUCUUUACUAUUUAAUCGUGCUAUUAGUUGUAUUUUUUUUUGUAUUUACUUGUUAUUUGAAGUGCGUUUAUUAGCUUUGA